AACACCUGAAACACAUUAUUGUUGAGAACGGCCAAUAGGAUAGAGGUCUUGAUGGGAAAACAUUACAAGUACGCAUCGAUCUAAAGUAGAUCUAUAGAACAGUGACGUGUACGCUGCAUGCAGAAACUAUCUGUCUAGCAAAUUGUUGAAAGUGGAAGAGCUCCCAUUGCUCCACUUUGUAUCGAAUCUGUCGGAAUUACAAUGUGGAAGUUUGAAAGCUAAGGAAAAAAAUAAACCAACUUCGUAGACCACUACCAUAUUCAGCCAAAUAGUUUGAAUACGCUGAACUUUCCACCCAUUGCGUUCGGGUAUACUGAUAUGGUGGUUUUGUUGGAGUUGAUUACGUCAUUACAGUGAGAAUAAGCAAAUCAUCGUGCGCUAGAAGCUAUUAGUUUGGUUAUCAAAGCUACGAUCGAACAUUUUAAGCGUAAGGUUGCUAUGUGGAAGAGGCUAUGGAUCCCGUGAACUUAAAAGUGAUCAGUAAAGAGGAUGUUCAAGCCGUGCUGGAGCACAGUAAUAUUUCUUACGGCAAAGUUGAAUCGUAUUGCUUGAAACGACUAGCUGAUGAACCCAUCGGAUAUUUGGCGGACCAUUUAACGCUACGGGUAGUACUGGAUAAUGGUGCACAAAACGAGCAAAAGCAACCAGCAACCAAAGCCUCCAGGAGGGUAGCUACGAACGCUAUUGCGUCAUCGAAUUCGAAUUCCGUUUCAUACUUCGUGAAGAUGCUUCCGGAAACUAACCCUAAGCUAGCCGAAUACAUAGGAGAGAUGGGGUGCUUCAGUAAAGAAAUAUUCGUCUACAGCAAGCUACUGCCGGAGUUGACCCGGAAUGUACGUGGCAUUGGUACGUUUGUGGCAAGCGUGUACCUGACGAAGGAUAACAGCCUGAUUGUCUUCGACGAUCUUAAACAACAAGACUAUACAAUGAUGCUCGAUAGAGGUUCGAGUUUGCUAGAUCAGGCGCAUAUUGAAGUGGCGUUGAAAACCAUCGCUAAAUUACAUGCAACGUCUUUAAUAUACGAGGAAUGCAACAAUAUCAAGCUGGCUGAUGCGUGCAGAAAGCUCACUGAUACUAAUGGGAGGAAUAUGAUGGAAGAAAACGUGUACGUAAAUUGCGACAAAUACGUUCGAACAACGAACUUGGAAAACUGUAUUGAAGUAAUGUGCGAAGUAACUAAAAGGAUCGAUAAAUACCGAAAUUCAGCCCAGCUGAUCUAUAUUCUGGAACAGAUUCCCAGAUUGAUGAGGAGAAUAUAUGAAUUCGCCAAAACUUCGGAAAAGUAUCGAAAUGUAUUGAAUCAUGGGGAUCUUUGGUGUAACAAUAUCAUGUUUAAAUACGCAGAGUUGGCAAAUGAAGUACAACCGAUCGAUGCCAAACUGGUUGACUUUCAAUUUUCUCGCAUUGCUCCCCCAGCGUACGACGUCAUGGCUCUGAUAAUGAUAUCUACCUUAAGUACCUUUAGGGAGCCUCUUUUAGAACACUGGAAAAAUGUGUACUAUGAUCACUUAAAAACGUUUUGCAAAGCUAAUGAGGUUGAUGUAGAAACAAUUCUACCAAGAUCCGUUUUUCUUGAGUCGUGCCUACACUACCAUCUAGCAGGAUUAAUUGAAAGCUGCAUGUAUUUCCACUGGCCACCGGAGCAAGAUUGUUAUGAGUGGAGCGACAGUGUAUCGGACGAAUUUGACUGUAAAUCAAACUCGACUGUUUUUGUUCGUGCAAGCAUACGGGGUUUCGAAAAGUACGAACAAUACCGUAAUCGUAUAAGUGAUAUGAUCACGCAGAUUGUUGAUAAAUACGUGAUAGCACAAUAAAGAAAGUAUGGUGGUUUAAGGAGCAAAUUCCUUGCGAGUAUUAUAAUUCUUUUCAAAAUGAUUAAACAUGU